AAUGACGAUCACCUAUGCUUUGAUCCAGAUGCUUGAGAAGGUGGCGGAGAAAACCGACUUGGCCAAAAUCAUCACGAAGGCCAAGGUUUUCAAGUUGGUCACUGAGGGCAACACCUGUGUCGGGUGCGUCUACGAGAAGGGCGGCCAGAACUUCCAAGAGUUUGGACCUGUGAUUUUGGCUUCAGGUGGCUUUGGUGCCGAUUUUACUAGCAAUUCCCUGUUGGCACAGUACAGACCUGAUUUGCUGCAUUUGCCCACCACCAACGGCGAGCACUGCACUGGAGACGGCAUCAAGAUGGGUGAGGCCAUUGGCGCGAAGAGCAUUGACCUUGAAUGGGUCCAGGUCCACCCGACUGGACUUGUAAAGCCAGAUGAUGCGGACGCCAAGAUCAAGUUUUUGGCCGCAGAGGCUCUGCGUGGAGUUGGCGGCAUUAUUCUGAACGCGGAGGGGAAGCGUUUCUGCAACGAGCUGGGGCGUCGUGACUAUGUCACUGGAGAGAUGUGGAAGAGCAAGCCACCGUUCAGGUUGUGCUUGAACAAGGCUGCCUCCGACGAGAUCAUUUGGCACUGCAAGCACUACACUGGCCGCGGGGUCAUGAAAUACUAUGCAAGCGGUGAGGAUUUGGCCAAGGAUAUGGGGGUGGCACUCUCUGUGAUUGAGGAGAGCCAUGAGGAUCAUUACCAA